AUGGAGGCAGUCAAACGAUUCUUCUCGUCUCCCCGCUUUGCCGUCGCUGGAGCAAGCAACGACUCCCACAAGUUUGGCUACAAGCUUCUGGCCUGGUAUCAUCAGCAUUCUUUGCCGGUGACCCCUCUGAAUCCUCGCGCUCCCAGUAUUCAACUGUCGCCUUCCCAUUCCUACGACACUGUCGCAUCGCCCCGCCUGCUGUCCUCCCCGUCGCAGACUUCACUGUCGGUGGUGACUCCUCCAGCGGUCACUCUUCCUCUGCUCCAGGAGGCCCACUCGGUUGGUAUUCCCGCAGUCUGGCUACAACCAGGGACCUUUGACAAUGCAGUGCUGGACUUUGCGCGGUCGCACUUUGAAGCGGUGAUAGCGGGCGAUGGAGGUCGCGGAUCGGAGGGAUGGUGUGUGUUGGUGGAUGGUGAAGAGGGAUUAGAGGCUGCUGGUGUAAACUGGGCAAGUCAGAGACUGUAA